CUAGGUACAUUCCACGUCCACUUUUCCUCUCCAGGUCGUUCGUUGACCAGGAUCUACUACUGUACUACAACACUUACUCCAGCGACGGAUGAUACUGUGCAGGGUGGCAUCUCUCAGAGCCAAUGACGCCCUUCACUUCCCGCUCGAUAGACGGGAAGCUCUCGGUUGCGUGGCUUGGAGUCCAACAGUCUCCCAAGAUACCGACGCUCCUCCUGUCCCACUCUUAAACUUCCACUGGGGCCGUUAUGAUCGUGGCGGCACGAACCGUCCUGGUCCUCCAGAAGGGAACGGUUUGGGAUCGCGGGCGACUGGGACUGUGACCAUGACUGGGACUUGACCAUCAGAGAUCCAGACAUUUCUACCCUUGACAUUUGUCCGUAUUGGGCCUGAGGGCACCCAGCUCGCUGUCUUAUCCUAGCAGCACUCAUCGAUCUAGACAAUGGAGGCCUCCUGCUUGUGUCAGCCUCACUGGCCACAUGCAGCACCCAGAAGCACCUAUGCAAGCCUAGCCACUUGGGUCGACCAGUCAGUCUUUCUAACCUCGACAGCAACCCUGCGCCCGAUAAGAACUGCACAAACAGCGGGUCUUUCCACUUCCCAGAAGGCCAUCAUGCUCUGCUGGGGAUACGGUAGGUGUGGUAGACACCUUCUUUUUUUGCAUGGACACACCUCAAAGCCCUUGUCGGACGAAGGUGGCACGGAAAACUUCGCAUCUGAUCAUAAUGACUGUAUCUGGACCGCAGAACACCCGGCCCAGGGCGAUCGCCGCAACGUGCUUCACAGUUGAUGCCGAACAUCAGCCUUCGUUCUCGAAACGACCUACAUCAGGCGUUCGGAUUCGGUUUUCAGCUUCCUAAGCCAUGUUCACAUAGGGUGGUCUCGGCUGUUCUCCACUGUUGCGUCGCUGCCAGGGCCGACCCUCGUCCAUUCGCUACCGAUAGUAUUGAUGACCCCUGUUUUUGUGGCGUUACAACUUCCAGCAUUCCACCUGCUAAUCCCGUAUUCAAAGUCCUCCGAGCUCAUAACUCAUUCCCAACACUCGAACCGAUCACCUGGCGUUACAACCUAGAGACACGCUACCGCCUGCCGACAGCUUUCCUGGUUCUGAAACUUGACAUCCCUGCACUGCGAAGCUCUCAGGGUUGGGCUCUCAAUCCAUCUCCACUAUAUUCUAACGGCUUGCUCCAGAACGGUGGCAGCAUCCUGCUGCGCGAUGAGGCCGCAAAAGCAACGACGCCGGGACCAUGAAAGGCUGCCUUUUGACAGGGUUCUUUACUAUAUCCACUGAGGAGCUUCGGGCUCUAUCAUGUCAUGUCCCUCCCAUAUGCACGACUAACGAAGCACUCGGUACACCCCUACCCUUCCUGCAUAGCAUUGCCUCUCACGUUUUGCUUUUUAGAACUCUGUAUCCACGCUGUUCGCUGUGCCCAGUAUCCUUGGUUCAUUUGCCACAUGGCAAUCGUCUGAGCUCAUGUGCAUGUCGUCUUUCCUUCCUCUGCCGGCCUCCUCUUGACCCAGACCUCUAUGAUCUGCCGUGUGCCGGAGACCUUAUUUUGUUUUUGAACCAACGACUUUCGCCAGCCCUCAUCGUCUCCUCUACUCUUGUGAGCAUCUGGCAGAGGCCUCACAAUGGGGAACCAGAACGAAACAAACAAUAUGGAACUUCGCGAAGCAAGUAAAGACUCGUCGGUAUCCGUCGAUCGGAUUUCUGAUGAGCAGAGGACCUCAGCGUAUCCCGAGAAGAAUGUCGCCAGAGCAUAUCCCUCCACAUCACAAAGCGAUGGCGGUUCACUUAGGAGACUGUUCAGUUUUGCUCAGUUGCUUGCGUUUUCGCUCACGUUCAUGGAAUCCUGGGAAGUCAUGGCGAUCAAUCUUUCGGCAACCUUCUGGAAUGGUGGCCCAAGAGCCCUUGUCUGGGGCUGUAUUGCCGUCGUUCUCGGAUCCCUCACCCAGGCUUAUUCAAUGGCAGAGUUGGGCUCUAUACUCCCCAUUGCCGGUGCUCAAUACCAUUGGACUCAUAUUCUGGCGCCUGAUCACAGCAGAAGAUUCAUCACAUGGAUGCAGGGGUGGGUUACGUGGUUUGCCUGGGUAUCAGCCCUUGCGGGUAGCACUUCCGGUUUGGCCGCUCUCAUGCAGUCUCAAAUCGCCGACAACAUCCCCAGCUACAUCCCGGAAAGAUGGCACCUUACACUUAUCAUGUGGGCUCUACUGAUCAGUGUUGGGUUGAUGAACAUGUAUAUUUUCUGGCUCAUCCCUUGGCUCGAGCUGACGGCAGGUAUUAUGCAUGUCAUCCUCUUCAUCAUCUUUGUUGUGGUUCUAGUCACUCUUGCUCCUCGACACGACUCCCAUUUUGUCUGGUUUUCUGAAACCAUUCAGUCAGGAUGGGACCGCAGCAGUGCCGUGGCUUUCAACCUGGGAAUGUUAGUUCCCGCUUGGGGUUUUAUCGGGUUUGAUGGAGUCGUCCACAUGUCUGAAGAAGUUCGACGGGCAAAGCAUGCCGUCCCACGGUCUAUGAUUCUCACAAUCGUCAUCAAUGGCGUUAUGGCCUUCGCUAUCAUUCUUGUGCUGCUUUAUACCAUGGGCAACCCCGAUGGGGUCUUAGACGACGCAUAUCCGAUUUUUCCCAUCUGUCUUAACGCUACCGGUUCGCGUCCAGCUGCGAAUGCCAUGGUUGCGGGUCUGGUUAUUGUCACUUAUUGUGUGGUGGCCGCCAGUGUCGCGUCAGUUUCCCGUAUUACUUGGGCAUGGGCUCGUGACGGCGCCCUACCAAAGUGGCUUGCAAUAAUCGACGCAAAGCACCAUGUUCCGAUCAACGCGUUAUGGCUUCCGAUUGUGAUCGUCAUGCUUCUUGCCCUCCUCAACGUCGGUUCAACUGCAGCUACUGCCUUCAGCGCCUUCACUGCCCUGUCCUCCCUGGGUCUCUACACCUCAUAUAUCAUCGCAAUCAGUUGCUUGUUACACGCCCGCUGGACUGGUCGGCUCAGCGACAAACCUGGCGCACCCGUUCAAUACGGCGGGUGGAAAAUGUGGAAGGGCGUCGGUGCGCCUAUGAACGUUUUCGCUCUGUGCUGGACAAUCUAUCUCACUAUUUGGUUGCCCUUCCCGACAACCCUGCCUGUGACGGGUACCAACAUGAACUACGCCCUACCCAUAUAUACAUUUGUGGUCCUGGCUUCCCUCGUCUACUGGUUUGUAUGGGGCAAGAAGAACUGGCCGGGCCUGAAUCUUUCUGCGAUCGGAAUGAUCGAGGCUCCCGAUUAAACUUUCGAAGCAGCAGCGCUAAGAGGAUUGGUAUCAUUUGGUUCACACUUCACUGACGCAGGAAUUCCAGUACUGGGGCUGGAAAUUUCCUUUCUUUGUCUGGAAGACGUACUGGGCGUUGAUUUGGGAUAUAUUCUCCAAACCUGUCAUCCUCAGCUGCCUGCCACCCAUCUGAGGCCAGUUCUCUUUUGGUGGUGCUCAUGGUCACUACACGUCUAACCGCCUGGAUAAACUUUCCUUCCUGAAAUCCAACCUUCCAAAAAAGCCUCCCUCUGAGAAUUCAAUCAUCGAGCUUUAACGUCACGAUCUCUGAACAACCGCGGCACAGACUUGCCUACUUCUUCUUUCUUUCCUCGGGCGAGACCAUCAACCAUAGAAUGUGUACAUAGCGAAUCCAGCGUUUUUUUCAACCCCAGUACCCAUGCUACUGCAUGAAUUGAUUGUCUUGUCUAGGUAGACUCCGAUUACUGCUUUGGAAGCCGUCAGGCACAGCCUUGCCAGCAGUGUACAGACAACCCUUUGUUCCUGGGCUCCGGCGAGUUGAUCCCAACACGCAACCGUCACGUAUCCUGAGUACAGACUUCUUAGACUAGGUCCACCGAGUGCAUCCAGCCACAAAUUUAUACAGAGGUUCAAAGACCAGUCGUUGUGAUCCCAGUUAUGC